UGACGCCAGAAUACAUUGCUCAGAGAUAUAGAGAUUGGAUAGCGAUGUGUCAAAUCGACGGAUCGCACAAAUGUUGUCGCGGCGGCACUUCGUUGGCUGGAGAGGGCAGCAUUGAAGACCAGCGUCCUCACGCAGCGUCCCUUGCUCAAAGCGCUCUACCCACCCGUGUCAUUGACUUCGGACCACCUCAGUCCGUAGUACAACCGCGCUUAUACGUCGCAGCACCUGGAGAGCAGGCAGAUUAUGUCGCCCUCAGCCACUGCUGGGGCGGCACCAUCCCUUCAAGCACUAUCCUCGCAAACUUGAGGGCACGCUUAGUUGAAUUACCGGUUGAGGGUUUGCCUCGCAACUUCCAAGACGCUAUAGCUGUCACACGAGCGCUAGGUAUACGCUACCUCUGGAUUGAUAGCUUAUGUACCAUCCAGGACUCUCAAUCUGACUGAUUUACUGAGGCUGGAAACAUGGCGUCAGUAUACGCAGGCGCUACCGUUACACCCCCAGCCCUAGAUGCCGCCUCAAGUAACGCUGGCUUCAUACACCCUGAAGGCGGCAGGUCACCUACUGCAACUCUGAACGAGGACUACGCUGUUAAAAAGGAGUUUCGUAAUAUAUACGACUACUUCCAAGGCUGCCCGCUAAAUAGCCGGGCCUGUUGCAUGCAGGAGCGGCUACUAUCGCCGCGGGUGAUGCACUCUAGCCGCGAGCAAAUGUUAUGGGAAUGCAAGAAAGUCCUCACAAGCGAGUCUAACGACGUGUUUCAUGGACACUCUAUUAACUAUGUGGCAGGGCUCCUCCUCUAUCUGCGGAGGCUGAUCCGUGAGCAGCCAAGAAGGGGAAGCCGGUGGGACCUGUGGUACCAGCUAGUAGAGGAGUAUACAACGCGCAAGCUGUCGUUUGGCACCGACAAGCUGCCCGUCCUGGCCGGCAUAGCCACUGUGGUUAAGUCUCUGGGGCUGCUGGAUAGCGACAACCUACCGACCUACGUCGCCGGGUUGUGGCGCGAGGAUAUCGCUCAUGGUCUGAUAUGG